CUUCUGUAAUCUGUGUACAAUAGUAAAGGAAGGAUGUAUGCACUGUGCAAUAAUCAAUAAAAUACAAAUUACAAUUUUAUUUUGCAGCUUUCCCGCGUUGUUAUAAACAUGGAUAACUUAUAUGGUCGUGUGAUAAAUCAAUCCCCCGACGAUAUUUACUUGGUUUAUUACUAAAUCAUCCAGCGACGUAGAGUAGAUUCUACAUUUGUUUAUUUAUAGAAAUGAAAUAAUUAUAAAAUAUAAUAAAUUGGUAAUUCAUAUUGUAGAGUAGUUACUGCAGCAACAUAAUGAAAAAUCUGAUCUGUUCGCAAUAUAUGAUUCCUAUUUUUAAACCAAGUUCUAUUAGCAAGAAUGUUUUUGUUACUAUGUUCCAAACAAACUUACUUCAUUACAAAAAUUAUUUGAUGAGACCGAUUAAAUUUUCCUUUGCCAAGUCUGUCAUAAAGAUUAAACUUCCUAUAACAUUAACAAUAGCAUGGCCUGCAAAACUAAAAUUUACAUCUUUAGAACAGAAAGAAAUCUUUAAACCUUCUGUGGAAGUAACCAAUGUUGCUGAUUCAUUGUUUGAAAAUGGAAAAUAUGAGGAAUGCUUCAAACUUUUAUCAAGCACAGAGGAUCAAAAUAACAUAGAAAUUAAAUGGCGUGUAUGUCGCGUUUUGUACAAUAUAGCAAAACAGCCUAAACAUGACCAAGCACAUAGAGAUGAGCUGAUUUCAAAAGCCUACAGCAUUAUUGCUGAAGAAUUAGAAAACCAUUGGGAUCAUUUUGCUGUCCAAAAAUGGUAUGCCUUAAUAUUGGACUUAAAGAGCACUAAUGAUGGUGUAAGAAAAAAGAUACAAGAACUGCCGAAUAUUAAAAAACAUAUGGAAUUGGCGGUUAACUUGAACCCAAACGAUGCUGCACUACUCCACAUGCUUGGCGAAUGGUGUUAUCAAGUCACUGAGUUUCCAUGGCACCAACGGAAAACAGCCGAAGCCCUAUAUAUGCCUUUACCUUACUCCACGUAUGAAGAUGCCCUAGACUAUUUUUUAAAAGCAGAAGCAGCUCAGCCAAGAUUUUAUAGUGUCAACUUAUUGAGACUUGGUUGUUGCUAUCUCAAAUUGAAUAAGGAGGACCAAGCAAAGUAUUACCUAAAAUUGGCUGCCAGUUAUCCUGCUAAGUCGAAUGACGAUCAUCUUGCUAAAAAAGAGGCAGCCAAGAUCUUAAGGAAAUUGAAAGUUAAGUGCGAUUUUACUAUAUCGCCAUAACUUUGGUAUCUCCAUUAUUAUUUGUAGUAGGUAAACUUGUAUUAAAUUCAUAAAAUAAAUGAUGAAUUAUGUGGAACAAAAUAAAUACACAUAAAUGGAUAAAUUGUUUUAUUCAAGUUUUACAACGCGUACAAUAUGGGCGUCUUAUAGCUAUUAAAAGUAUAUUUAAGAUUGACAAUAAUUCACUUAGUUGUUAACUAGCACAACACCCAUACACAUAUAAAAAAAAUGCAUUUUGACAACAAAUAACACUUCAAUAGGAAAUUAUUAGCAACAAUACAAGUUAAAUAUUAUUAAUACAUAUAAGGAUAAAAAAGGUCAAAAUAUUCAAGAGUGGACAGAUUACGAUGGACCAUAUGUGUAAGAAUCCAAUCCAAAAGUAGAUUUGAGUUAAAUAAUGUUCCAAUAAUAUGAAAAUUUUACAAAAUUAUAAAUAAUAAUUAUUUAUAUUCAAUAAUAUACACUAACCAUAAUUCGUCGCAACGGUUUUAGAUUCAAAGCGAUACACAUAUUUUAGACUAUGUUUAUAUGUGUGUAUAUAAUUAAGACAAAAAAUAUUUUUUGGCACUCAUAAUAAACUUAUACGCUUCUUAUAAAUCCGAAUAGCGGAGGCUUAAAGAAUUCUUGACUGAGCUAUCAAGACGAAUUAAAUACUGAAAGUAUUUGUGCAUAUAUAGGAUAAUAUUGACUUGGCUACAACAAUAUUUAUACAAUAUUUUUAUAUUGUGCCGUUUUCCUGUAUAUUGAUUAUAUCUAGGUUUAAUAUUAAGCUCAGCGAUACAUUAAAAUAAGCGUUCAAAUGUUACAUUAAAAGCGUAACAUUAAAACAACCAUUGCUAUAAAUCA